AUGAGCUUGAUCGUAUACACACCUGGACGCCAUGACUCUCGUACAUAUUGUUCUUUUCAAGUUCCGCUCCGAAACGGACGACUUAUUGUUGGGGGCCCUAGUGUCACGGAUCCCAUUGAUCGCAGCAAGGGAUUCCAGAUCGCCCUGGUCAGCUACCACGAGAACCUGGCAGCUUUGAUACAAUACCAAGCAAGUCAAGAGUAUCACUGGAUAACUUCGACAUUCAUGUUUCCGUACAAGGAGGAUUUGGUGCGAUUUGAUUUUGAAGUUGACCCUGAAGACGAGGAAAUGUACCAAUUUCUUCCAUUAGCUACCAGAUAG